GUGUAUUGUUUUUUUUUGCCUAAACCCAUCGGACAUCACCAACAAUCGGGCAAUACUAUUAAAAAUCAGUAAAUUCUCGGCUAUGUUUGUGUAAAUGUGAUUCGCGAGGGAAAACGCUCCCAUUUUUCGUAAUUAAGCUUAUCGAUAAUGAUAGUAACCAGUUCAACAAAAACUGAUUAAUAUUCGCCAAACAUGGAAUUCGAUCAUGGAAAAUGGUUCAACAUUAGCAACAUGAACAUCCAUUAAGUAAACAAACAAAGCAAGAAAACCACAACCAAACAACAAACUACCAUUACUGUGAGACAACCAAGUCAAAAAUAUUUCAAAAAUCAUCGGAACUACUAACUGUUUAGACAAAAAAAGAAGAAGUUUUCGUUGUUUGCACAUACACAUCCAAACACAAACACGUACCACCACCCAGCAGUUGCAGUAAGAUUUUGCCGAAGCAGUUUCGUUUUUUUCAUUGUGUUGUUCACAACACUUCUUAAAGACACGCGCGCCGCCAAUUUUUGUUCUAACUCAACAUCAGUUUCCUUCGUUGUUUUUUUUUCCGUUUUGUGACAAAUUUAAUUUAUUUAAUUUAUUCGAAUCAUCAACAAUGAUUCCAACAUAUAUACCUGCUGUUGGACUAGUCUCUGUUGGACUUGUACAAAAUGUUUAGACAACUAUUUCGUAGCGAUCUUUGUCAUAGCCACCGAAGUAACGGGUGCCGAUUUCAACAACAUUUCGCCUCGUCCUUUGUGUUGUGCAGCAUCGGAUUAAUUACAUCACGUGAAUGACAUUGUAUUUGUUAUUAGUUAAGGCAUGAAGUAUCCCCAGCUCGUAUCUGCUCGUGCAGUUAACGCCAUAUCUGAUUGGUUGGUAACUCGACUUGAACAGUUAGGCAUAGACGCACCACUUGUGUACUCAAGACUUCUUCUAUCACUGUUACAUACACCGUUACAAAUAAACGCUCUGGAUCUUGCUGAAAUCUCAGAUAUAAAUAUUGGUAACAUUGGACGAAAAAGCAAUCGCAGAUUCUCGUCGUCCGAUACCGAAGCAAUAAAACGUAUCGCUGCUAUCGAGAGUUUAAUCGAAGCAGUGGCUGCUGAUCAAAAAAUUUCGAAUGUCGAAAAAUUGGUCGACGAUUUAUGCGAGAAAUUACGUGAGAUCGAGGGGCAACAGAAUAGUGUGGAUGAAAGUCAACUUACGGAUUCAACGGAAAUAGAAACAAUGAAACGAUCAUCUUCACCUGAAGAUCCAGCAAAACGAUACUAUCGAGCAUUUCCUGCUUUGUCAAAGGAUCUAUCCAACGAUAAAGCGAUAACCGCUACACCGAAGCCGCUAACGUGGCCACUCAAUUGUGGAAGUUCGGUGAAAUCAGGAAACUAUUCAAUUGGAUCCAGCAGUACGGCUGGGGUAAAACGGAAGCCGAAACGACGACGUAACCAGGCAAUGUCUAAAGGAAAAACAUCAUUCAAUCGAAGGUGCAGUAACGGCGUCACUUGGGACACCGACUUUGAAGGUUCGUGGGAAAUGGGCCGCGAUUUGAUCAGAGAAUUCGUUAUGAUGCAGAACAAUCGUAAUCGCAGCAUAUCGGAGAGCGAUGCAAGUGCAUUUGUCGGAAUCAAAGACAUAAUUGAUAAGAAAAAUGCUGGAAAUAAUGCUAGCGAUGCUAGGCAAUUUGUUGAGAAGAAAGCUCACAAAACGGAUGCGGAUGGGACUGUUGACUAUAAAGUGAUUAGCGUCGACAAUGAUGACUUUGAUGUCAUGUCGAAGAACGCAUUCGAAACAGAGAAUUCUCUGGAAAAUAUUACCUACACUUCUUUGUCCGAAAUCGAAGGUAGUUUGUCGACAGCACCGCGUCGUUUGUACGAGAGAGAAAUAUCCAACGAGUCGCUCAAUAUGUCUAUUCAAGAGGCAAACAAUUUGGCAUCGUUCGAAGCGAAAUUUGAUAGAAGCGUCGAGGCUAUUUGGGACAAUUGCGACGACGAUGACAAAUUUGUGCCACCCAAACCCAAUAACGUCGAAUCGUUGAAAUCCUUUUGGUUUAACUACUACAAGCAUCACUACAACACCGAUCAUCAACACGAGAGUCAAUCACUUUUAUCGCUUGCAUCAGACGACAACGAUCUGGGUCAUCAUCAAACCGUUGAUUAUGAAUCAACCAAUAAAUUAUUGCCGCAAUUUUUGAACAAUUGCAACGACCUAAGAUUUUGUGGCGUCUCGAUUGCUGUUAACUCCAGUCAACCACUUCAGUCUGCCAUAAAGCCAGACAGCAUUUGGUCGAAUAAAGCAGAGUGUGAAGAUGAUGGAAGCUUUUAUGCGAAUGCCAUGUGGAAUUCUGCGGCAGCAGCAGCAGAAAAUCUUAUGCAGCCAUCUCAGAUGGCAAGUGUCGAUUCGCAACUUAAUGACUUCGGAGCCGUGAAAGCGAAAGAGUCCGGUUGUUACAACAAUUACGAUUUGCCAAGCCUAUCAAAGUGGUCGGACUGUACGUUCGAAAUUCCAUUCGUACCACCAUCAUCAUCCACAUCAUCAACCACCAAUUUGUCAAUUCAUCAGGAUUUGUCGGCCAAUACAGAAGACAAAAUAAGAAGAGAUUUGUUAGAAAAUUCUUAUUUUUACGACUUAAAGUCGCUGCCCGUCAUGAAUAAUUUUAAACGGACCGACGAUCAGUUCAAUGCCACCCGACUUGGACCACAGUUAAAUACUCAUUUCUACCAACCAUUUUUCCCCAUGGACAAGGAAACGGAUGUUUAUCCGCCCAAUGAUUUGGCAACCCGCAUGGCCAGGCCGUCAUCGAACGUUACUCUUACCAACCAUUCGAAGGAUAGUAAAUUUGUCGAGGUGAAAGCGAGCACUGCAGUUGGCUACAACAGCAAUAACCGUGUUAACUACGCGGAACAAAUGAAAGUGCACGAUGGACGUGUCAAAUAUCCGCAACAGAUAGCUACACCGAAAGUUGAAGAAGAGAAUCUGCUCACGUCGGAGCGCACCCAUUUCCGGCCAAUUAUUAAGUAUCAGGAUGGCUUUUCGUUCGAUAUACCCGAUACGUUGGACGAGGUGAAAUUCAAUCGCACCGAAUGUGGAGCGAUGUACUUGAAUUCCGAAAAGUACAUGGAAUAUAAUGCGCGGGGCGUAGAAGAUGACGAAUUUUUGGUGAAGUUUUGCAUUAAGCAAAACGAUAAAUGCUGUCAAACGGAUGUAACCAGUCUGGAUCGCUUUUCGUUUCUUGAUCGUGGCUAUAUUUGCGAUCAGUCCACAUCGGUUAGUACCGACUUAAAUGAUAGAGAGGACGAUUUUAACAGCUCGUUUGGAUUGUCGGAGGAAAUUGACGCGUAUAACAAAACUGACGUUAAUUUGGACCUGGAAAAUUGGACGAUGGGAAACAAUGGUAGGAAAUGCAGUCGUAAUGAAAAUGCUCAUUCGUUGUGGGAACACUGUAGUGGAUGUAGCUGUGACAUAGCUUCGAAACCGGCCAAUCAGAUGAUGAUUGAAGAAUUGUGCGCGGAUGGAGAUCAGAUUAUGUCGGACCUGAGGUGUAUGUACAUUGGAAGCGAUUGGAACGACGAAGAAGAGGAAGAAGAAGGAGAAGAGCAAGACGAGUUGGAAGAAGAGGAAGAUAACGAUGGGGGCAGCGUGCGAGGUGUACAUAAAGAGGAUAAUGAAGAAGUAGUUACCGUAGAACCAAAUAAUUUACUUUUCAACGUCAGUAAGUUGAUUUCGGAUUUAUUGAAACCGGAAACGGCACAGUCACUGGUGCACGCGAUCGGCACAAAUAUUUUUGAAGAAAUCGCCCUGAGUGACACCAGAAAGGACAGCCAAUUGGCUAAUAAGACGGACGAUGUGAACGAGAAGGAAACGAAGAAUGAAAUAAAGUUGCGAGGCUUGUGCAUAUCCGAGAGGUCGGACGAUUCCGAGUCGAAUAACAAUUUUUCCAAUAAUUUCGUUGGUGGACUGUGGGCCAACAAUGACAACAACAUUUGGCAGAAGGAUCUGAGACCUUCGACCGAUAAUUGUGUGUGGUCAAACUACGGCGUUCACAAUAGCAACACUGCGGUUCGUGACAGCAGCAAUUGGGAACAUUCGAAUUUGGAGCGGAUCUGGAACAGCGACGAUGACCUAUCACCCGAAACGAUCGAAAUCUAUGACAAGUCAAAGAGCAACAACGCUGAUGCAACUGAACCGAUUGAAGAUGAUUAUGUUUUUGAUUUGAUUGAAACACACGAACUAGCUAUUGACAAUGAGGCGCUCAAACGGUACAUUGAUUUUAACCGAACAUUUAAUGGUAACACUGGCAACGACACUGGCAAUGACGACGGAUUUAUGAGUUUACAUAGCAAUUUGAAUCGCUGCGAUCGAAAGCGACGCCAUUCAGCAUCGCAGAGCAUUUCCGAAGCGCUGGAAGCAAUGAUUGGCGAAGGUGCGGACAGAAAACUGGCAUCGAUGUUUGAUGACGAACUCAAUGUGACUACAAUUAUAACGUGCAAUUACUGGACAACGGACACCUCUUCAUAUGUUAGCGGAAAGAAUGCAGCAUUGGAAAUCAAUCCAACGUCAUCGAUUUUAAAGCACAUUCCGAUGGUAUCGAGACCGUUGACUCGUUAAGUUGUUUUUUUUAUUAUUUUAUUUUACAAAAGAAAUUUUCUUUUUUCGUUUUUGAUUUCACAUCCGCACUUCUAUAGCUCUUAUUUUUUUGGAUGAAAUUACUUUAAUGUUUACUCUUUUUCCGAUAUUACAAAAAAAUAUAUUUCUCGUUGCAAAACCAUUAUUCACACGUACACCAAAAGAAAACCCUACACAAGAGAGAGAGAGAGAGAAAAAUGUAUUUGGUUUUAGUAUUUGGUUCUCUUAAUUAAUUUAAUGUUUUUUUUUCUCUUCUAUAUUAAAGAAAAUAUUUUUUUUUUCGUUUCGUCAGAGAUGUACUGAGUAUAUAAGUAAACAAAACAAUGUCUUUGUGACUUAAAUUUAUUACUAUGUAUGAUAGAAUCAAAGCAUAUUGAUAAUGGGCAUAAAAUUACAUUAAAAAAAAAAAAUAAAAAA